AGCAAUGCAUAGUUAUUCAUACUAUUAAAUCUCAAUCGAGAAAUGGAAUCCGGAGAAACGCCAAUUACUACUUUGAAACUCCUCAUCAUUGGAGAUAGUGGAGUUGGCAAAUCUAGUUUGCUUCUGCGGUUCACAGAUGACAAUUUUGACCCAGAUCAUGCUGCAACAAUUGGAGUUGAUUUUAAGGUCACAACAUUGACAGUGAACGGCAAUUCGUCAAAGCUUGCAAUAUGGGAUACAGCUGGACAAGAAAGGUUUCGCACACUAACUCCGAGUUAUUAUCGAGGAGCUCAGGGUUGUAUUUUAGUGUACGAUGUGACUUCGCGAUCUUCGUUCGACCAACUGGGCGUGUGGCUGCGGGAACUGGACAUGUACUCAACGCACUCUAAUGUGGUGAAGAUGCUAGUGGGUAACAAGACAGACAAGAGCGACCGAGAAGUGAGCAGGGAAGAGGGCUUGAACUACGCCAAGAAACAUUCCAUGCUUUUCAUCGAAGCAUCCGCCAAGACCAGAGAAGGAGUUCAGUGCGCAUUCGAAGAACUCGUCGAUAAAAUCAUCCAGACACCUGGUCUGUGGGAAGCAGACGAGAAUAUGAGAGGAAACCGGAACAGGAGUGGACUGCAGUUGAACGGAGCAGACAGGAACUCACAAUAUGGAGCAGGAUACUGUGGCAGCUGCUGAUAAUACGUUCAAACUCACUCAUCACCUCAGAAGUUUGCAUUUUAACAGAAAGGCUGCUUUUAAACCCUUCCGCCUAAAUUCGUGCAAAUAAUCUGUUAAAAAUAUUCUAGUUUGUUCUUGUAAUUAUAGAACUAGGUGCUUUCCUCGAAGUAUUUUGAAGUUUAAUCGAUUUUGCCGAACCAGAACAAAU